AAUUCAUUGCAUCUGGAUCCAAAACAACUGCAGACGGAGGAUGCGACUGUGGCUGGAUGCUAGGAUCCAUGUGGGCCUGUGACGUCUACACUCCUCUCUGUGGCUACCUUCUUCCCCAUAAGGAUGGCUCCAGCGGCACUGACCCAGAUUGUGGAGUCCUGGCUCUUCGCUGUGCACUGCUCCUCCGGUGGUCUGUGAAUGUGAUGCGCACGAGGAAUGCUCUACACCUCGGCGGUGACCGCUCAGCCCGCUGCCUCUGCUGACAUCUGUCUCCGUGGAUACACACAGCCACUGGCAGGCUACGCCACUAAGACUGAUCCAUAAUAAUAAUCCCCAGCUGGAGAACAAACAACAUCUGGGCGUGGAGAGAAGGGAGAGGGUGAAGUCUCAGCAGGGUUGGCGGCAGAUGGUGACACUGCAGCAGCACUUCUCCAGCAUGGAGGAGACGGUGCGCACGCUACUACAGAACCAGGACUCUCUGGAGGGGCCCAAGGUGGACCCACUGGAUCUCAUGAAAGCGUACAAGGACAAACUCCUAGAGGAAAUGUGGAAGCAGCAGGACAGUCUGGAGGGUCCCACAGCCACAGUGGCAGCAGAGAUGCCUGCCUCGCCUGAGGCCGGCGGAGGGUCGGAGGAAAAUUCAAAGGACAGCAAUCCCCUGCUCGAGCGACUCAGAGCCCUAGAGGCUGAGAACUCAGCUCUGUCAAUAGAAAAUGACAAUCAGAGGAAGCAGUAUGAACGCUGUCUGGAUGAGGUCGCUAACCAGGUGGUCCAGGCCCUCCUCACACAGAAGGACUUGAAAGAGGAAUGUGUGAAGCUGCGGACCCGUGUAUUUGACUUGGAGCAGCAAAACCGCAUACUGAGUGUGCUGUUUCAACAACGUGUCAAAAUGUCCACGAUUCCUGUCUCUCAGGACAUCCAAAGGAAUGGAAAAGCAGGUAUUCCUGCAGGAAGGUGGCCCAGCCUCCUGAGUCUAACAUGCCCACGCAGUAGUGGUAGCGGCAGUGGCAGUGAACUGUCUCUAUCCAGUGCUUGUAGUGAGUACUCCAGUGGCUCCCACACGUGGGCAGAAGGACGUGGAUUCUCCAAGCAGUGUGUCACAAGCCGUGACAAAAGGAUGAGUACAGGUUCAGUAUCCAGUAAUCACUCUGCGCCCAUCGAGCAGACAGAACUGGGAUGGAAGGAAGGCCACAUUCUGAAGGGCCUGAAGCGUCUCCAAAUGUGCAGCUCCAAAGAGGCAUCCUCACUUGCAUCUGUGCCACACUGCAAAGAUUGUAUGACCUCCAACGAGGGCAUAUACUCACUUGGUGUUAAGUGUGGCCAACAAGGGAGUACAGCCAAGCAAGUAGCCCCUACAAGUAAACCAUUCAAGGCAGGAGCAGGGACUGCUGCCCUAGACUCUGAUGAUGCAGAUGAUGAUUCAACUAAAUUGCAAAGUAGGGAAUCUAGUGAUCAACAAACAAAAGAGCUUGUUUGCUUGAAGACACUGAAUGUCACAAGAGAUGAUGACAACAAUUUUCAAGAAGACCCUGAAAAACGUGCAGGGAAUUCUGGUCUUUUUCCCUCACCUGUCACAGACAACUUCUUAUUUCUGGAGGGCCCCACAGUAAAACCUGGUGUAAGCCCAACAGAUAGCCUUACACAUCUGGAGGACCAGAACAAAGACUCACUAGAAAAACACAAGCCUUCAGGCACGAAGUUAAGUGACAGAAACAAUAAUCAGGAGAGAUCUACUGACCGUAAAUCUAGACUUGAUCACGUCAAAAGACAACACGGCAGACUUGCAGUCAAGCAAGCUGAAGCAGGGACAAGUGAUGUGAGCUCUUCUAUUCAGUAUUAUGCAACAAGAGCUCUGAGCUGUGUGAGUGUAGCUAGACAGCGCAGCUCCUCAAUGGAAGUUCCUCACUGCAGAGACCAGACAAAUCAAGCUGGCAGUGAAAGCCAGAACUACACCAUCUCAGAAUCUCCACAAAGGAAACCAAAACCUCAGCCUUGUGACUCAGCAAGAAAGGCUUUCAUUCUGCGGAGUAAGAGUGCAGAUGGAGGGAAGGAACAACUGAAGCAUACACACUCUCCUCUCCACCAAAAGCUUAUCAAGGGUCACAGGUCCAAAGGACAGUCAACCCCUCCUGGGCACAGUGUUCCCAGCAAAAGGACAAAUCUCAGUAAAACGCAUUGUUCAAACAAGGUAUCAUUAUCUAACCUUGAGAACAAUGAAGACAUUGUGCUAUCGACAAGUUCCAAGUCUCUCAAGAGUGUACGCUCUCCCCUUGCUUCCCCUGUGAAACAUUCAAAGACAUUUAAGCCUCCAGGGAUCAAUGAAAGCUCAAAGAGCCCAACAAAAUCACCACUGCAGAUCACUAGACUUCAAUCAAGCAAUGAGUCUUUGGAAGAAAGCAUCUAUGACAACUUACCCUGCUCUCCGCGAAAACAACGGCGCCAAGACCAACACUGUGAUGUUUCCCAUUCGGAACAUAGGUCCCCAUCUCCACCACCACCCCCAGGUCGAACUACUUCUCUUGUCCUUAGGCCCAGUUGUGACAGCUUACCCAAAGCACAUAAAACUGCAGGUCAUGCUCAAAGUUCUACAACAUCAAGCACCACCAAGCCACAAUCAAUUUUACAGUCUCAACAGUCUAACAUAACAAAGGAUAAUCAACAUGUAGCCCUACAAAUGGGUGCUGAAGGUAACCCACUGAAAGAGAUUCCUGCCAAGCUCUACAAUACGCACUCAUCCAAGAUGCCACCUGUCCUAGGUCAAGAGUCCCAACCUUUAGAGUCCGUCCAGCUAUCUAUGGACAGAACUGCAACAUGCCAUGAUGAAAAUGGUAUGCCCUCAAUUUUUCCAAAUCAGAACAUCUUACAAAGAACCCAACAAAGCAUUAGUGAGCCAAAACUUUCUGAAGUCUUGCCUCAGGCAUAUUCUAAUGUUUACUACCAUGGGAUUACCAAUAAUCCUCAGAGUUCCACCUCAAGAGCUGUAAAAAUGGCUCUUCCUUUAAAUGCUAAAUCUCAUGAGGCAAUCGCUGGACAAGACACCAGUACCUUCCUAGUUUUUGGAAGACAUAACAAAGAUGAUCCAAACUCGACUGCAAAAAGUAUCCAGACUUUUCAGACUUUUACCUGUGAUCCCAAGAUAGUACAUGAAUGUGGAGCUGAAGACAAAGCCCGCAGAAAGAUUGAGACCCGCUGUAACUCGCUGGACUCUGAGCCUUCAGUUCAACCUGUUGCCUCAGACAGUGGUGUGAUGUUAGAUUGGGGAUUUGAUGAGGAAGGUUGGUUGUUUAAACGAUCUGUUUCUGUGUCAACUAGACCUCCCCUUAAGCCAGUAAUGGGCAUGAAUGGGGCUAAAGCUCGUAGCCAGAGCUUUGGUGCACGCUACAUGGACAGGCCAAGCUUCAACAGAUCUGGAAAGGUCCGUACCCAGAUCAAAACACACUCAGGGAGCUCCUUGAACUCUCUCAGUGACGUCCUUCCAGGAAGUUUGAGUUGCUCCAGUAGCUACCAUUGUCCAAUGAAUCGAUCCCUUUUAAACAAUUUCUUGAUUGAAGAGGGUCUGACAGUUCCUUCACAUCUGGGGUCCUCCAGUGAAAGACUUCAGAGUCUUAAACAGCAACGAGAGCAGGCGAGGCGCCUUCAGAUUGAGCAACAGUUUUCAAGCGCCUUUGGUGAACCAGUUUCAGAAGAACCAGAAAGACAAAGUACUAUAACCACAAUCGAAGAGAAAGUGAUGCUCGGCAUAGAGGAGAACUUACACAAGUCUCAGGAACAGGAGAGAACCAGUGAAGUGAAGCAAAAAUCUGGCUCAACCUUGGCAAACUGGUUUGGUUUUCGUAAGAGUAAGCUUCCUGCUCCAAGUAGCAAAAAGACUGAUCCACCAAAAGUAAAAGAGGAGAAGAGGGAGCAAAAGAUUACAUCACUUCUGGGAGGAAAACAGACAAAGUCUGACAAAAAGAGAGACAGAAGAAAAAGCGAUGGAAAAGACUGCUCUGUAGGGAGAAGAGAGUCUCAUGAUGCAGUGAGGGCAUGCAUCUCAAUGCCCUGCCCAGGAAUGUCCCUGAAUGAGAUACAAGGACAUACUGACAUCAUCGGGGACCCGAAGAUGCAGAUGAUGAACCUGAGACCUGAUGGUGAAAAUGGAUCCACAGUGAAGAGCCCCAACCAGGAUGCUGUAAUAGGCUCCGGCUGCAAGAUGCGAACGUUGGACAGUGGAAUUGGGACCAUCCCCCUUCCUGAAUCCUGUUCCUUCUUCUCCUCUAUCCUGCACCUUCUCCCCAAAUCCUCAUCAACCCCAGAACAGUCCCUCAGUCCUCCCAGUGUCCCUGGUUCCUCCAGUGAGGAUGUGUCUCCUUCCCCAUUACCCCGGUGGAGGAUACCCUCCAGCUUUAAGGACAGCAGCCAUUCAGGGGUGCCAAACUCCCUCUCCGACUCCUCCAUGACCCAUAUCCAGUCAGUGCCUUUCCCCACUGUGGCCUUCCUCCAGCCCAUCCAACCCCAGUCUGAACCCAUUGUGACCUCUGCCAGUUUGUGUGAUACCCAGAGCAGGCUACCCAGACCACCACCAGGUGCAAUGGAACCAAAAAAGUUGACCUACAUCAAAUCAAAAACAAGAGCCACUCCGAGCCAACAGAAAGAGCAGACAAGACUCCAGCUUGCCAACUAGUUUAUGAAGCUGACUGAGUCAACCUGAAGCAAAGAAUCAAGCAAUCAGUUGAAUUUAUCACUCUAACACACAUGGAGGAUACCGAAAUCCCACAGUUUGGACACUGCAUCUCUGUAUCAGGAUGAAACGCUCAGAGCUGGACAACAAGUGAGCUUGGCAUUGUGGGCUUCCACCUGUGCUCAGUGUAGUGUUGAGAUACUGAGUAGCCUUUGAGGUGUAGUAAUGAACCUUCUGGCAGCCAUGUUGGUGGUCUGCAGCUCAUUGGCAUCAGCUGUGUGCAGCUGAUUGAAUUUCUAAAUGUACUUCUCUGCUGUCUCACAGGACUGGAGGUAAACAGACAUUUACA